AUGGACGUUGAAGAACUUGCAAUAGUAGCGGCGCUACUAAUUAUAAAAAGAAAGACAAAUAAAAAAAAAUCAAAAGAGUAUUGGGUGCAUCCUUUGUUAGAAGAACGGAGGUCAAAGGGAAUGUUUAAAAUAUUUUAUGAAGACGUUAGAAAAUAUCCUCGUAAAUUUUUUAAUUAUGCAAGAAUGUCUGUGAGUUCGUUUGAUGUCUUAUUGUGUCUUCUAAAACCACAUAUAACUGGCAUAGAUACAAAUAUGCGACCAUGUAUUUCUCCGGAAGAAAAACUUUUUAUAACACUAAGAUAUCUUGGAAGCGGUUGUAAAUUUGUAGAUUUACAUUACUCAUACAGACUUGGGAUUUCAACUAUAGCUGAAAUAAUAAGAGAAGUUUGUCAUUUUAUAUGGGUUGUACUAAAAGACAUGUGUUUACCGCAACCGACAAAAGAAAAUUGGUUAAAAAUCGCAAAAGAUUUUCAUUUACGGGCCAAUUUUCCAAAUUGCAUAGGUGCCGUAGAUGGUAAGCAUGUAAGAAUUAUAAAACCAUACAACAGUGGAUCAUUGUGUUAUAAUUACAAACACUUCUUUUCUGUAAUUUUGCUUGCCAUUUGUGACUCUGACUAUAAGUUCAUAUACAUAGACGUUGGUUCCUAUGGAAAGGAUUGCGAUUCAACUAUAUUUACAAAUUCAACGUUUUAUCAAAAGCUAAUGAACAAUGAUUUGCAAAUACCCGAACCUAAGCCCAUUUCAUCGACAAACCCUAUACCAGUACCGUUUGUUAUUGUGGGUGACGAAGCAUUUGGACAAACGGUGGAUCAAAUUUAA